GUUGACACCGUCCUCCAAAACUACUUGUGUAUCGACAUCACACACCGGCUUCCAGUAGGUACUGUUGACAAGAUCAAGCGACUUUGGACGUAUCUUGAACGCGGAAAAACAUUGUGGGACCUUGUGCUCUCUAGGCCGCCAAGUACAAUGCAUCUCUCCUCAAUCAUCUUGACGGUCGCAGUCGGACUCGCACAGGCACUGCCUUACGACCAACCUGGUCACUCCAGCGCUGUCGCCGAGCUCGAGGCCCGGGAGCCACAAGUCGACGACCCCGGCAAUUACGGCGACUAUGGCACCUAUGGUUCAUAUGGAGAGUACCGCUCCUUCAGCGUCUCGUCUCCUGUACCACCAUACACUGUCAUUGUCCCUGUGCCUCUGGAGAUCACACGCGUGAUUACCAGCACCGUGGGCAAUUCGAGCCUGAUUCCUGGUUUCACCACCACGACAACCACGACCGUCACUGUUGCGAACCUCACACUCACUGCAUUCCCGACUUUGACAAUCAAUUCGACUGCCAACUCGACAAUUACAGUGCUUCCAACUUCGACGGCCAACUCUACAGUUUCCGCUUUUUUGACCCCGUCGACCAACUCGUCUGUCACUGCGCUUCCAACUUCGACUGCCAAUGCGACAACUACAGGCAACAUCACAGUCACAGCGAUUCCAGCUUGGACUGCCAACGCAACGACCACCGGCAAUGCCACUGUCGCCGCGCUUCCAGCUACAACUGCCAACUUAACGACCAUAGGUAAUACCACAGCAACAGCGCUCCCGACAUUGUCGGACAACUCAACGACUACAAUUCUCCCAGCCACGACGGGAAACACCACAGCUUCUGCUCUUCCCACCUUUUCAGCCAAUUCCACAACGGCUGUUGCAACCCCGUCGAGUAACUUCACACUGACAUCUCUGCCGACUUCUGCCAUCAACGCCACAUUCGGUAUCCCUGCAAACAGCACUGCCAACUCCACUGUGGAUAUUAUGUCAACAGUUGCGCCAUUCACAACCGGCCCUUCCUCGUUCAUCACUGCUACGAUGAAUUCGAGCACUGCACCUUUCGGCAACACAACAACAACAGCAAUGCCCUCGGGGUCCACAGGCACCAUUUUAGCCAGUCUUCGCCGUAUCAUCUGAGGAAGUUAAUAACUGAGCGUGGCUUCCUUUGU